AUGGCGUCGGGAUCGGAGGCAGCAUUUGCUUACCACGAGCCAUCCAUCGAAACAGUGCUGAAUUAUACAGGCCUUCUAUUAGUCCUCAAUAUAAUCAAAAUAUGUCUCGACAAUCUGCUGUAUUGUGGACUCAUCGGCCAGCUCUUCGUCGGCAUCCUUUGGGGCACACCGGGCGCCCAAUGGCUUAACCAAGAGACAGAACGCGUCAUUCAGCAAAUUGGCUAUCUAGGAUUGAUCCUACUAAUCUAUGAAGGUGGGCUAUCAACCGCGAUCAAAUCUCUCAAGGCAAACAUUCUUCUUUCAACGGCCGUUGCCCUCACUGGAAUCGGUGUACCAUUGGGAUUGUCCUUCAUCUUGACUGAGCUUGUAUCAGCAACAUCUCUUCAGGCAUUCGCUGCGGGUGCAGCGCUCAGCGCAACAAGUCUUGGAACUACCUUUACCAUCCUUUCAACCACUCAAUUAACGACUACACGCCUUGGCACCGUCACAACAAGUGCUGCAAUGAUCGACGAUGUCGUUGGCCUGGUUUUGGUUCAGAUUAUCUCCAACCUUGGUGGAGGCACCGCGUCGUUCAGUGCCGUGACUGUCAUCCGGCCCGUUUUUGUCUCGCUCGGGUUCGCUGUUGGUCUCUUACUGCUGUGUGCUUUCUGUCUCCGGCCUGUAUUGAAGAAAGUGAUUGACCACGAGAGCAAGUUCCCUAAAUUUUUGCGAACUGCGCAAUUCGCAUUCCUGGCGCACACCUGUGUUCUUGUGGGCAUCGUGGCCGGUGCGACAUAUGCUGGUACCUCGAGUCUUUUUGCUGCUUACCUUGCCGGAGUCAUUGUCUCCUGGUUUGAUAGCUUGGUAGCUGAAUCGAAGUUCUCAGAAAAUUCUUCACGCUCUGAAACCUCUCAGUCAGCUACUGGUUCAUCCCACCAGCAGGUUGACAGUCACGAUAAUGCUACAGUCGUUGAUAUAAAUCAGACUUCUCGCGUUACAGAGUCGUCUGGUACACGAACCACAUCAAAAAAUGAACCAUCGCAUGACAGUACACCGACAGGUGAACUCAUCUAUCACAAAUACUACAAAGAACCAGCCAACCGGAUCCUUUUACCUCUAUUCUUCGCAUCGAUUGGAUUUGCAAUUCCCAUAACCGAAAUGUUCCAAGGCCAAAUCGUAUGGCGAGGGAUAAUCUACGCUAUCCUAAUGGCAAUUGGAAAAAUCAUUACAGGGUUAUGGCUCGUUCGUUUCUCUGCGAAUCCACUGGCUGGUCUUGUCUCGGUCCUAAAGAGACCAUUUACAUAUGUUCAUUCCUGCUGUUCUAAACAUCAAGCAACCAGCAAACCUUUAAAGCUAGAGAAGAAGAGCUCAAAGAAGACAGGCGGUCAAAGUGGGACUGAGACUGGUGGUAUACCGAGUCCAGAUGAUUCCAAUCCAGAAGAAACUCUAACAACCAAUGAACCACCCGCGACCAACCCCAAUCCCAGAUCGAAAAACAGAUCUCACAUGUCUCUUCCGCCCAACCCGAAAUCACUAUAUCCCUCAUCCAUCCUUGGAUUGGCAAUGCUCGCCAGAGGUGAAGUGGGAUACCUCAUUGCCUCCAUCGCCGAAAGCCAGGGGAUAUUCUCUUCUGGAUCAUCGUCUGAAGGCUCAUCUGAUGUCUACCUGGUAGUGAUAUGGGCAAUUUCACUCUGCACACUAAUCGGUCCGAUCAUGGUUGGAACACUGGUCAGACGAGUGAAGAAACUACAGAAAUCCAGGAAAAACUCGGGCUCGGAGUCAGAUCCACUGGGUGUAUGGGGCAUUUAG